CAGGACCACAGGUUUUCCCCCGUUGAAUAUUCGCCAUGCUUCUUUCAGCAUUGUCGGCCGUCCUCGGCCUUGCAGGCUCAGCGGCUGCUGCCCUGACCUAUAAAGGAGUCGACUGGUCGUCUGUACCUGUUGAAGAGAAGGCUGGCGUCUCUUACAAGAACGUGAACGGUGCUGCCCAGUCCAUUGAGCACAUUUUCCGAGACAGCGGUGUCAACACGGUCCGCCAACGGGUGUGGGUGAAUCCCUCCGGGGGCACGUACAACCUGGCCUAUAACAUCAACCUGGCCAAGAGGGCGAAGAACGCUGGGCUGGGUGUUUAUAUCGACUUUCAUUUCAGCGACACUUGGGCAGACCCCGCGCACCAAGCGAUUCCUUCCGGAUGGCCGACCGCCAUUGACGACCUGGCCUGGAAGCUAUACAACUACACAUUCGAUGCGUCGAACCAGUUCCAUGAUAAUGGUGUGCAACCGACCAUUAUUUCUAUCGGCAAUGAGAUCACCGGCGGUUUGCUUUGGCCGACGGGAGGCACUUCUUCGUGGUAUAACAUCGCGCGCUUGCUGCACUCAGCGUCUGCCGGUAUCAGGGACUCGAGGCUGAACCCCAAGCCCAAAAUCAUGAUCCAUCUUGACAACGGAUGGAACUGGGACACCCAGAACUGGUGGUAUACAAAUGUGUUGAAGCAAGGGCCUUUGGUGUCUUCCGACUUUGACAUGAUGGGAGUCUCGUUCUAUCCCUUUUACACGCCCUCGGCGACUCUGUCGUCCUUGAAGUCAAGCUUGACAAACAUGGCCAACAGAUGGGGCAAAGAGCUCGUCGUUGCUGAGACCGACUGGCCAAGCUCAUGCCCAAACCCGGCAUAUGCGUUCCCGUCAGACGCCAAGAACAUCCCCUUCAACGCCGCCGGCCAGUCGCAGUGGAUCAAGGCCGUGGCAGACGUGGUAGCUUCUGUGCCCAGGGGCAAGGGACUGUUCUAUUGGGAACCCGCUUGGAUUCACAAUGCCAACUUGGGCUCAUCGUGUGCGAGUAACUCCAUGUUCUCGAACUCGGGGCAGGCCUUGUCCAGUCUGUCAGUGUUCCAUAACAUCUGAAGAGGAGCGGCUGAAGUUGAGAGAGGAUAGGAGGGAGGGGAACUCAGGUCCGGCGGAUAUCCAGACUAGGGUGGUAGAUAAGAUAAGAAGCACAAUGUGACCUUAGUACAAAGUU